CUUCCCUCUCUCCCUGCGAGGAGAUGGGCUCUCCCAAUUUCCUCACGUGAUCAUCGAGGCACUUUCGCUUUUCCAUAUAUUGGAGGCAGGAGGACUGACAGCUCCAACAAGAGGGAGGCUCGUCGUUUCCGCCGUAUGCAGAUUCAACGCACACGAGAAAACACGUUUACGUAGAGAACUGUAAUCUGAACCCACCAGUUUAAAAAAAGCCCAGCCUUUGUGCCUUAAAAGGGGAAGAUCAGCAACGUCAGACUUCUUGAACUGCUCUUUCGAAUAGAUUUUUCCGGAAGAAAGCGUUAAAAAAAAAUCAUGAAUGGGACGCUGGAUGGUUUGUGUGAGCACGGUCUGAAUGAAGACGAAGGGGUGUUCAUGUUUACAUCGGAAUCCGUAGGAGAAGGACACCCAGACAAGAUAUGUGAUCAGAUCAGUGAUGCUGUACUUGAUGCCCACCUGAAGCAAGAUCCAAAUGCCAAAGUUGCUUGUGAAUGUGUGUGCAAAACAGGGAUGGUGCUGCUCUGUGGGGAGAUCACAUCCAGAGCGGUGGUGGAUUAUCAGCAGAUCGUCCGAGACACAAUUAGGAACAUAGGCUAUGAUGAUUCAGCUAAAGGCUUUGACUACAAGACUUGUAAUGUUCUUGUGGCAUUGGAACAACAGUCACCUGAUAUUGCCCAAGGUGUUCAUCUGCACAGGUCUGAAGAAGAAGUUGGUGCUGGGGACCAGGGUCUGAUGUUUGGCUAUGCCACUGAUGAGACGGAAGAAUGCAUGCCCCUGACCAUCAUGCUUGCUCACAAACUAAAUGCCAAAAUGGCUGAGCUGAGGCGCCAUGGGAUCCUCCCUUGGCUUAGGCCAGACUCCAAAACCCAGAUCACAGUGCAGUACAUCCAGAAAGACGGGGUUGUUAUCCCAGUGCGUGUUCACACCGUUGUCAUCUCAGUGCAGCACGAUGAAACCAUCUCUCUGGAUGCCAUGCGCAAGGUCCUACGGGAGCAUGUUAUCAAGGCCGUGGUUCCACCCAGAUAUUUAGAUGAGAACACGGUUUACCAUCUUCAACCCAGUGGCCGGUUUGUCAUUGGAGGACCACAGGGGGAUGCUGGAGUUACUGGCCGGAAGAUCAUCGUGGAUACGUACGGUGGAUGGGGAGCCCAUGGGGGCGGGGCUUUUUCGGGCAAAGACUACACAAAGGUGGAUCGGUCAGCAGCAUAUGCGGCCCGGUGGGUUGCCAAAUCCUUGGUGAAAGCAGGGCUCUGCCGCCGGGUUCUGGUCCAAGUUUCCUAUGCCAUCGGUGUGGCUGAACCACUCUCCAUCUCGCUGUUCACUUACGGUACCUCUACAAAGCCCGAACAAGAGCUGCUAAACAUUGUGCACCAGAAUUUCGACCUUCGGCCAGGAGCCAUCGUCAAGGAUCUGGAUUUAAAGAAGCCAGUCUAUCAGAAGACUGCCUGUUACGGUCACUUUGGAAGAAGUGAAUUCUCUUGGGAAGUACCUAAGAAACUGGCCUUUUAACAAUCACAGCGCCAACCCCUAGGCUUAAGGGGAAAGGAUUCUACUAUGAAGGAUGCAUCCACUAACCAUCCUCAAAGCUGAGAAAAUAGAAAAAGUUGUUUUCAUGAACGCUGCUGCUGUACUCCCAAUAUCUUACCACCUGCGCAUAUGACCGAGGUUUCCUACUGCUGCUAUUUUUCGGUUCCACUUAGAAAGGCAACAUAUGACUUGGACCACCUUGAAAACAAUGGACUACUUGUACCCUUCUGUUCAAAUGGGAAGGAAAGAUUCCCUCAGGUUCAGUAAGUUUUCUCAAUGCUGUGACUGGACAGUCAGAAAUUAUGGGCUCUAAUUUCCUUUUUGGAGUUGGUACUGCACGUAGUUCCUGGGCUCUUGGUGUGGAGAAGGAAUUUGGCCUAUUCCCAACAUGCAUAUUAUCCAAAGGGUUCUGUUGGGCCUCUUUUUCAGCUGUCUGCUAUUAGACUUUGCUUUCUUUCUUUUCUAAAGAAACUCCAACUUUCUUUUAUAACAGCCUUGUGACAAAACUUUUUAAUGGGUACAUGUUUAGUGCCUUUUAUCUAUAAGCUUAUAUAUUGGUAAAGUUGCUACAGUUCAUUCUAGGUAGGGCUAUUUUCAGAGCUUGGAAGAUUUACUUUUUUGAACUACAACUCCCAUUAGCCCAAUCCAAGGGCCAUGCCGGCUGGGGCUGAUGGGAGUUGUAGUUUUGAAAAAGUAACUUUUCCGAGCUCUGGCUAUUUUAUAUAUAAAAAGCUAAAAAUCCUGCUUGCAAGCCACACAUCCAUUGGCUAAGCUGCUGUGAUUUCAGGGAAUGUUCCUGACAUUCUAAUGGUUUAUGAUAGGAACAAUCAGUUAGGAAGGGUGCCGAGGCCUUUGAAAACCAAGCAGGAAGAAGGUCCCAAAGGCAGAUAGCCAAAGAUGGACUAGGCAGCAAGUGGGGAUAAACCCUCAAGUGUUUUAAGGACAAAAAAAGAGAGGGGCUACAGAGUUGAUGAUAGACUAGGUCCAGAAAAUAGGGCUGGCCCUGCUGUGCAGUAGUAGCCCACUGCAGGUGGUAUCGUAUGGGGAUAAAUUAAUAAAGAUGAGACUUUAAAAAUACUGGCUCAAUGCAGGAGAGAUCUAGACUCCAUUUCAGGCAGCAAAAUGUCUUGGCCUAGAACUGAAUGGAAACUGCUAGAGUGACUUCACAUAAGGCCUAGGGAGAGGAGGCACAAUAGGCAAUCAAGAGUUUUGGCUAUUAGAGGGUUAUGGAUGGGGGAGGCAGGAAUAAGGCUGAAUUUAACAUUGAUAUGAACUAUUAAUCUAGGUUGCAGGUCCACAGUGUUGCCUUUAAUAGCACCACUGGAAGAACAGCUUUAGCAACCUCUGUUUUCCUUCAUCUCAGCUCCUUUUUAAAAGAUCCAAUUGCACCUGAAGAAUCUUCUGAGCUCUUAAAGGAACAGCAGCCCUAUCUGGAAUGGGAUAUGGCACUUUUGUGUAUCAGCACUUCAGAAUCUUAUCUCAGUAUUUUACUUUACUAUGUAAAGCAUCAUGUACACUGAUGGUGCUACAUAAAUUAAUAAUGAAAAUAUAAUAUUAAUUCUUAGCUGGCACUUUUCCAGUCUCAGUAUCAUCAUGUGCACAAUUCGCUACCAAUGCUGUUUUUCAAUACGGGAGAACCAAAUAUGCUAUCAGUGCCUUUGUAUCAGUGCCCCUCUUUGCAUCAGUGGUUUAUUUUAUAUGUACAUUCCCCCCCCCCAUGUGAUUAUAGCAACCAAUUUUCAUGUCAAAAGAAAUGUAUUAAAAUGUUCUGCCCCUUGA